AGUUGACCAAUGGGAUGAACGGAAGUUUAAAGUGGGCGUCACUUCCUGUUUGGGGGUGUCAUAUGACCAAAUUGAAGUCGGGUGAUGUGAAAAUUCUUGUUGUAGUCUGUGCUAUAAGCGCCAGUACAUCGUGUUCAGUGGAAACCCUUGUGUAAGCACCUUUUAGGUGACUCACGAUGCAUCUACCAGGCUCUGCUUACAUCCCCACCUGCAGCUAAGACUCCUCUCAGCUGCACUUCAUACACCAUGGAUCUGGACCAGCAGACCACCCCUCUUCCCCAACCCAGUGCUAAAUACUUUUCAUGGGACUACCGCCUCCAGCUUGUCGGCCUGGGCUUUGCCUUCUAUGCAACAGUAUUCCUCCUGUCCCACCUCCUUUCUGCAGUUCUGUCCCGCACAUAUAACUCCCUGUUAGCUAAGGAGAAGGUUUUCUGGAACCUUGCAGUGACUCGGGCAGUAUUUGGUGUCCAGAGUAUUGUAGCCGGCCUACGGGCCCUGACAGAGGAAUCAGUGUUAACUAGAGACAAAGUCAGGGGACAAGAAGACUGGUCAUGGUUCAAUGUCCUCACAGCCACAGGAUUCUUUGUAUUUGAGAAUUUAGCACUUCAUGCCUCCAAUGUGGUAUUUCGCUCAUUUGACUUCCCACUAGCGAUACACCAUUUCUUCGCCCUGUCGGGAUAUGCUGGUGCAGUGGUAUGGGAUUCCCUGGGUCACUUUCUGCCUAUGGUCACGCUGCUGCUGGAGAUGAGCACACCAUUCACCUGUAUAUCCUGGAUUUUACUGAAGGCUGGCUGGGCACGCACCCUGUUUUGGAAAGCCAACCAGUGGGUGAUGAUCCACACAUUUCACUGCCGCAUGGUGCUCACCUACUACAUGUGGUGGAUAACUUUAACCCACUGGGGAGAGCUCAGCGCUCAUGUGGCCCUGCCCCAACUUGUACUCUUCUUCACUGGCCUCGCACUGCUCACGUUUAUUAUCAACCCCAUCUGGACGCACAAGAAGACCAUGCAGCUGCUCAAUCCAGUGGACUGGAACUUUGGCAACAAGCCGGCACCUCUAAAUGGUGACAUGCAGGGUCAGUCUGAGGUUUCUGUUAAACCGCACACCAGCUAAGGGGUAACAAGGAGGUCGUUUCUUGUCUCAAUGGUGCCGUGGGUUUUUUUUUUUUUUUUUUUUACUAUAUAUGUGAAGUCAUUUUGAGAGAGAUGAUAGUAAGAUGAAGUUUUUAAGGUUUAUUUUAAGGCUUAUUUUACACAGAAUAUAAGUGAACUGUGCUCUUCCAAAAAAAAAAAAAAAAAAAAAAAAAGUCCUAAAAGGUGAAUCCUGACUAUGUGGUCCUGUCUUGAUAAAGUUUGCAACACUGUCUUGCUUCAGGCUUGACUUUGAGCCGUUUUGGUUUAUUUUUUUGGGAAGAAUGUUCAUUUUCCUUCCGGUUAGCAUAGCUUUUAAUGUGUAGCUGUGGUUGUGCAGGGCAGUGGAGUGGGACUCUGCUUGGUUUCUUCGCCUUCAGGAUGCUGAGUUCUGAAAUAUCCACUUUACCGGUCAUAUGAUUGCUUCAUUUAUUCAUUACAGGAAAAAUUCACGAGACAGCACUUCUUACAAGAGCAAUUCAGCAGUACAAAACAAUAUUUUGCAACCUUGUUUAUCAGGAAAAACCAUCAGCUUAUAUGGUUAAUUCCUUGGAUUUCUUUCAUUAAUUUAAAAGACAUAAGCAGAGUAACUUGUUAUGCGUCUGAGGAUACAACAGGAGGAAGACAGGAGAGCUCAUAUUCUUUUUCAAUAGUCCUCAAACAUUCAGUAGUCUCUGUUAUAUGUGGCUCCAUUGGUGUUGCACAACAGAAGUUGUUCAGCACUGAUUGAGUAGUGUAG